GACGUCACGUCGUGACGUAGCACGGAGCGCCUGGAAGGAACGACGACCAAGCGAGGUCACUCACCACGCUCGCUGUUUCUCAGUCUCAAUGUCACUUGCGCUGCAUGGGAUGCAGGAGGGAGUUGUGCAUUAUUCUCUGAUGCAUUUAACGUGAAAGUUUUUAUAGGUAUCAUGUUAACCCACAGUACAAGGCAGCUGACCUUUGCUUUCAGGAGCUGUUUCUGUCAGACAUGUGGUUGCCCACCCUUCAAGGCUCAUACAUUGCUGAGGCCUUACUCUAUUGAAAUUCCUUCUGUAGUUGGAAGAACAAAGAAAACACAGGAAAAACAGAAGCUGGAGAAAUCAAGAAGCUUGCAAGGAUUAACUCAGAGGAACUUGUCUGCAGUUGCUGGAUUGCUGAAAGGACAAUAUAGACCUCUGUCAAGAUUUGACUUUCUGGAUUUUGGAGAUUUAGAAGAGCAUACUCGGAAGGCAUUGGCCUGUAGUAGUCUUCGGAGGUUUAUUAUUAAUCCUGACCUUGCAGGUUUGAUUGCUGAAAAACUGGACAAAGACUUGUCUGAAAGCCAUGCUGUUAUUUUUGAGUGUAAUCCAGGUCCAGGAGCGCUGACCCGAGCAUUGCUUAAUGCUGGAGCACAGCGUAUAGUAGCUCUGGAGAGUGAUAAGACAUUUCUUUCAGACUUGCAGGAACUGAAGGGAAGACUGGAUGGACAGUUAGACGUCAUGUACUGUGAUUUUUUUCGACUUGAUCCAAUUAGUAAAGGCCUACCAAAGCCUCCUAUCAUGCAUUCAGAGAAGCUUUUCAACAAUUUGGGAAUAGCAGAGGUUCCAUGGAUUGCAGAUAUUCCUAUUAAAGUGGUUGGGAUGCUCCCACAAAGAAAUGAAAGAAAUUUGCUUUGGAGACUCAUUUAUGCCCUCUUUGAAUGUCUGUCAAUAUUCAGAUAUGGCAGAGUUGAGAUGAAUAUGUUCAUUAGUGAAAACGAAUACACGAAAAUGACUGCCCAACCUGGGAAUAUGAGACACUAUCAAGCGCUCAGUGUUCUAUGGCAGGUUGCUUGUGACAUAGAGGUACUUCAUAAGGAACCAUGGUCAUCAUUUGUAACAUCAUCUAAACAUGGAGGGCUUCCAAAAAGCAUGCUUCCAAAUGACCACCUCUGUUUGGUAAGGAUGACACCAUGUAGGAAUCUGUUUUCUAAUACUUUGACUACUUCGAAUUCGGCUAUCUUUGUGAUGAUGGUGAAGCAGUGUUUAGCAAAACGUAAAGCUAAACUGAUUGAUCGGUUGGAUUCUUGGAGUCCUGGAAGUGGAGAAAAGUUGCUAGAACAACUAAAAUUACCACAUGACAUCUUAACAGGACACGUCUAUCCUGAACAGUAUAAACAUCUCUUUGAAGCUAUGGAAAAUUCAGAAGAGUUUACUAAAAGCUGGUUACAUGAUGAAAUUCUAGAAAAUACACAGAAAACAGGCUUUUAAUUAUAUUUCUCAAAAUAUUUAAAAAAGAAACUUUAAAGCAUUGUAUUAUUUCCCUUUUCUUUGUAAUUGGACUUUGGAUUUUGUUUUACACUUUGGGCCCUUCAUCACACAUUUUCAUUCCACUUUUCUCACCCUUUAAUCGACUCUUUAAUAAAAAUGAUGUCAUUGCUUAUUAUAAUUAAAUAUGAGGAACAGCUGUUUUGGAAUUGUGACCCC